UGGGACAUCGAGAAGAUCAAUACAGAUAUUCGAACCCAGCCUCUUCCCAAGGGCUCGUCCGUUACUUGAUAAACAAUGUGUCUCACCCCCUUGACUCCAGCACGCCGGGUUUGCGCAUCUAUAUAUCGUGGAUAAGGGCCUAUCGCUAUCAGACUUAUCGUACUCGAUCGGCUUCGCUAUCUGUCACACGCCGCUCCUCCUCUAUGGGCGUCAUUGUUGCUCUACCCACUCCUUUUCGCUUACUGUCCGAGUACCAGGAAAGAUGUCAUCCGCUACCGCAUUCGAUCCACCCCAAUCAUCACCACUCGCAAGAACAACAUCACCGUUCAAAGAUACACGACCAUCGCCAUGUCCGCCUGCGGAAACGGCAAAGCUGUGGGAUGAAUACGAAAAGCGUGCUGUGGACAACGCAAGGAGGCGAGAGACUACGUGCCCCAGCUCUCCCUCCGUUGCGUCGCAAUCCGGGCGAUUUUCGAGCACGACCGUCCUAGAUAUCAUCAAGAGUUAUGAUCCACUUUCGUCACCGAGGAUACCAUGCCCGUCUCCUUCAAUAGGCGCAAGUCCACACUUCGACUUUGGCUUCACGAAGCAGACUUUCGACUCCGCGGCUUCAACGACAGUGGCUAUUUGCAAGACGUGCAAGCGAUCAAUUACCUCACUUUCGGGAAUCUGCGAAAAAUGCAAGAAGACCAUCAUCUUUCCCUCCACCGCCGGAGAGACCACACCCCCCCUCAGCCCCGCGGCGCGCAACUUCGCCUCAACGGACCUACCGCAACUGCAUAAGAACUGUUCAUCCGGAACCACGACACCCUCAUCCUCACCACCAAAGCGCAAAGCCAGACGACAGCCAUCAUCGACCCAGCUCAUCGACCCACCGAUCCGCCUCUCCUCUUUGCGCCCACCACCACCCUUGCAAGACACGCCCCGCUCCUCCACCGAAGCACCCCGCCCACGCAAAGCAUCCCUCACCCCCGACCUCAGCGAACCCUUCGCCCGCCUCCAACUAUCCCGAAAACCUCUCCCCCUCCCACCAGCAGCCUAUCCCGCAACACCGCCCUCAACAUCGCACUCGCACCACUCCUCCUCCGCACCGCGCACCCGCCCCUCCUCCCUGGCAAACAUAACCACCCCACCGCCAUCCACCAACUACUCCCGCCACAACAGCGCCACACCCUCCGAGCUGAGCACCCUGUAUCCCUACAUUUCCUCGAGCAGCACAACGACGUCGCCGCCCAGCGUGUGCCGCGCGAGCUACAGGCUGCAGAACACGACGAGCGCGUGGGAUGACUGGGACAGCGAGGACGAGGAGGAAAAAGCUGGGCUGGUGGGGUAUUGGCGGGCGCGCAAGUGGAGGGGUAGUCGAGGCAGUUUGGGGGGCCAGAGUGCUGCGAAGGUGGAGCGGAGGGAGAGUGGUGGCGCGAAGGAGGAGGGUGGGAGGAAGAGACCUAGGGGGUUUGUGCGGGUGAUCAGUUGUGGGUGCUCGGAGGACUGAGUGUGGGCAAGGCUUGUUGGAGGGAGGAUGGAGGUGAAGGCAGGUGGCUGCGCUGCGCAAAAGGGGAGACAGUCUCGGCUUUGUGUAUCAUCAUGGCUGUGGCGUUUUUGCUUUUCUGGAGCGGGUUUGGGCUUUGGGUGGAUGGUGGUGAUGAUGGGAUGAUGGGAUGUGUCCACGAAAGAAUGUCAGGUAACGAGUAACGGCCGGUCACAUCGCUGUGUUUUUAAAUAUCUCCCUUUAUUCCGCUGGCAUUUCUUAUCCUUGUUCUUCUUCUCAACCGCUUUCUGAAGCACUCAGCGAGCAGUUCAUGUUCACUCUAUCACGUCAAUGCUAAGGACCGCUUGAAGAAGACAUCGAUACGUUUCCGUAUCCAUUAAUCCAAAAGCACGU